UAAUAUUGUUCUUUCUGUUAUACUGAUAACAUUUUUUUCAUUUUUUUUCAACUUAUAUUAUAUUUCUAUUAUUAUCUAUGUGUUUAUACAUGUUAUACAAUUAUUUUAUAAUAAUUUAUUAAAAUAUAAUAUAUUAUAUGUAUUUAUGUAUAAAAUUAUGAUUGAUAUUUGAUAAAAUUGGUUUAGUAAGUACCUAGUUAGUUUGGAUAUGUAAUCUAAUUUUCGAGCGGAGCAAAGAGAAAAAAUUUUUCGUGUACCUUUAGUAUAAUAUUUAUAGACUGUUAUUUAUUUUGCCCAGGGUCCCGCAAAUCCUAGCGCCGCCGUCCCUGCGGAAUCUCUCGUCACCGCGGGACGUUGAUGUCAUUCAACCACAGCCGCAACUGCGCAAACUGUCCACGGAGGCACAGGCCAUGAUAGAAAUAUUUCUAUCAUGAGUUCACCUUCAAGUGUAAUCUCCGCGAACCAGGCUACGGCAGUACGACUAGUAGGUACGACGAGAUUGACCGCUCGACGAAGGCACACCGUGCGGAAAUUGCGAAUUUACUUACCUGGUACGUGUGAUGACAGUGGUAAAAUGAGUUAUAUAUUAAUUGUAACAAACACUUUCAAUUUGGAAGAUAUCACAGAAUUGACUACUGAUGAGUACCCCAGUUUAUUUGGAGAUGAAGACAUUUUUUAUUUUAAAAUUGUUAUAUCUGAUUAUAUUUCAUAUCUGAGAUAUGAACAAGUGUGCAUUAUUAGAGCAUAUGACAUUGCUAUAUUAUGGUACACUAAAAAAGAGUUUUGUAAAUAUUUUGUUGACUAUUUACGUCCAACUAUGCUCAACUGUCAUUGAAUGUUAAAAAAUGUAUAUACAAUAAUGUAAAUAAAAC